AUGAGUUCAGGCCUCACAAUGCUGAAACGAGAAGAAUCCUCUGUCCCGUUGCCUCUGGAGCCAGCCCCACACAGGGUGAACAUUGACACUACAGUCUUGGCCAUAGAGACCAGAGAGGAUGACUCAAAGGCUGAAGAGGCGGAGUACGGGUACCCCAUCACGUGUGGAGACAGCAGUGCGGUCCUUCUCAUCAAGAAGUUCAUCUGUCCUGGAAUCAAUGUCCCGUGUGUCAAAUUUCAGAAUGAUGUCAUUAGUCCAAAGCAGUUUGUGCACGUGUCGGGGAAGGCCACUCUGAAGGACUGGAAACGAGCCAUCCGACUGGGCGGAGUCAUGCUCAGGAAGAUGAUGGACUCUGGGCAGAUCGACUUCUAUCAGCACAGCUCCAUGUGCAGCAACACGUGUCGCAGCUCUAAGUGUGACACGCCCACGAGCAGAGCGUCUCAAGCUGCGGUGCCGCGCAGUCCACUGAGCGUCUCAGGAGAAGAUUUGAAUGAUGCAACGGGAGCCGAGGAAAAGUGUAGUCCUGGAACAGAAGCAAAACAAUCGACCGCAACCAAUGGACACGCAGCCAAAAGGGAGAGGAGUGAGUCGCCAGACGGCGUUUUGAGGCUCUGGAGAUCUGUUUCUGAAUCUGGAUUAAUGGGAAAUGUCCUGUCAAGCGUCGAGGCAAAAUUAUUAUUGACUUUAAAAGAGAUCGAAGCCCGAGGUUUGAAGAACGACCUCCAGCUACAAGAUGCUGUUCUCCUAAAUAAACUGUGUGAGAUGUUUGGGCUGUGUGAGUCGGUGGAGCAGGCGCUGGAGCUGAGGCGACAUCUCAGUGAAGAAAACAGAAUGCACAAUGGUUUAUAUGGAAUGGAUGGGAUAGGGAAUGGGAGAAAAAGAAAGAAGAUGGGUAAAAGCAGCUCAAAGCAGCCCAGGGUGCAGGGUAGCGGGUCAUUGAGCUGUCUGACCAUGCUGUCCCCUCUGAGAGCCAGUCCAGUCCUGUUUCCUCUGCUGGCUCUGGGGCUGUCGGAGCAGCACUUCACCCACUUCCAAACCGCACUGUCAGGGCAGCUUUCUGACAAGUGCAGUGGCACAAAAGUCAAACGGGAAGAGACUUUGAGAGAGAAAAGUAACUCCAGACGACAAGGGGAUGGUCAGAAAGCCCUGCUGUGGAAUGGGCAGCUCACAGUCGAGGAAGAUUCAACAAACAAAUCCCAGGCAGAAUACAUGUUAAAGUCCCUUUUCAAAUGUACUGAUAUUUUUUGUUUGUUUUAA